AUGGCGCUAAAGUAUAUACCGAACGAUCUCCCGCUGCAGUCGCUAGAUCAAGAGCCGCUACAGCUCAUGAAGUCGUCUCUGGAGCACAUUCUCAAGACGACUCCUCCGCUGUCCGCUUACCCUGAUCCGGCGCAACUGGGCGGAUUCAUACGAGGCCCAACCAGCAUUGCCUUUCUAUUCUUCCGACUUGCCACCCUCUUUCCCAGUGUCCAAGUUGCAGAUUACCCACUUAUGCACUGGGCGGAACAGUAUCUGAACGCUGACCGUGGAGAACUCACACUGACUACCAGAGUCGGGAUAAGCUGCGAGAAGCUGGCAUACGAAGCACUCAGGGCCUGUAUCAGCAAGGACACCAAUCAUGUCGAAGCCUUCUUGUCCAACAUACCGACCAUUGUUGGCCCCUAUCCGGAUUUAGAAGAGGAUUCAUUCGAGUCGGAAAUAUGGCAGGGAAGAGCUGGCACGCUCUACUUCUUGAGGCUGAUACGCCACCACGUCCCUGAUAGCGCCGUCCUUGUCGAGGGCCCAAUUGCUCAAGUCUCCCAAAAGAUCCUGGCUGAUAGCAUAGACCAAGAUGAAGGAGGGUGGACGUUCCACAGGCACAAGUACAUUGGUGCCGGCCACGGCGAUAUUGGGAUUAUUACGCAGCUCGCUCUAACCACUCCUGCUCUUGCGCCAAAGCUGGCGCCAAAGCUUCGGGCGUUGCUAAAUCUCCAGAAGGAUGGGAAUUGGCCUAUAGCCAAGGAGAUUGACGAAACCCGUCACCCAAGCCUCAUGCAGUGGUGCCAUGGUGCCCCUGGCUUCGUCUUCUCUCUUCGCGCGAUACGUCCGCACUUCUCGGGGCUUCAUGAUCAGAUCGAUGCCGCGAUAGCCAGUGGCCAAGAAGCCAUCUGGAAGCUGGGGCUACUCAGAAAAGAGCCGAGUCUCUGUCACGGUAUUCUUGGGAAUGCUCUCAAUCUGCCUUAUGGGCCAAGAAGAAAUCACUUUCUCUCCCUCGCCACAGUCGAAGCAAUGGAUAAGGCCAAGACUGCUGAUCCUGAAUUGUUCUUGCCGGCUGAUUAUGGAUAUGACAUGUCGCUUCUUUUCAAGUACCACUCUGGCGCAGCUUGGACCUGGGCUGUUUGUGACUGGGAGAAUCCGCCAAUGAUUGCCUAUACAGAUGUUUGA